AGAUGCCAGGUCAGUCACCGCGGCCUCAGACCCGGCUCAGGCCCUCGCCCGCCCCGGCCGGCCCCGCCUCUCCCGUCGGCCUCAGCAGGACCACCUGCCCGGUUCUUCCUCCGCUCCGCCCUGGGGUCUGGGAGUCCGCUCUCCAGACCUCCCACAGGCAGCCGAGCCCCAGCUGUCGCCCCGACCCCUCGGCGCCUACGGCGACCCCACCGUCAGCAUCUUUGGCACAAGCGCCGGCCCCAGCCCUGAGCCGCAGCCUCAACGCAGCCCAGGUGUGAGCUGGCCCCCGGCCCAUCAUGGCCAAGGACUUUCAGGACAUCCAGCAGCUGGACCCCGAGGAGAGCGACGAGGGAGCAGGCGCCCGUGGGCAGACUCCCAGGAGAGAGGACGCGUUCUGGAAAAGGCCUCCUCCGCCCCAGUCCCUCCUGCAGCGUCUCUGCUCCCAGUUGCGCCUUGCUCUGCUGGUCCUGGGCUUCAACGUGCUGCUGCUCGUGGCCAUCUGCGUGAUUGCAGCCCAGAGUGCACGGCUGCGGGUGGAGCUGCGGACCAUGAACGCAAGCUUCAGCAACUUCUCCUCGAGCACCCUGGCCGUGCUCGGGGCCCUGGGCUCCCACAAGGGCGGCCUCAGCGACAGUCUGACGGCUCUGGGGGCCAAGCUGCGGAAACAGCAGCAGGACGUGAAAGCAGACCACGCCACGCUGCUCCUGCACCUGAAGCACUUCCCGGUGGACCUGCGCACACUGUCCUGCCAGCUGGCCUUCCUGAACAGCAAUGGCACGCAGUGCUGCCCCGUGAACUGGGUGGAGCACGAGGGCGGCUGCUACUGGUUCUCGAGCACGGGGAAGACCUGGCCCGAGGCGGACAGGUACUGCCGGCUGGAGAACGCGCACCUGCUGGUCAUCAACUCCUGGGAUGAGCAGAAGUUCAUUGCACAACACGUGCGCCCCUUUCAUAUCUGGAUAGGUCUGACUGACAGCGACGGCUCCUGGAAGUGGGUGGAUGGGACCGACUACAGGUCCAACUACAAGAACUGGGCUCCCACUCAGCCCGACAACUGGCGGGGCCACGAGCUGGGCGUAGGCGAAGACUGCGCGGAGAUCCGCUCGGAUGGCCAAUGGAAUGACGACUUCUGCCAGCAGGUGCACCGCUGGGCCUGUGAGAUGCGGCGUAACAUCACGGGCUAGGAACGGCAGCAGGGCCCCGCCCCCCGCUGCUCCGCGGCCCAUCAGAGAGGAAGAAGUGCGCAGAGAGGGGUGGUUUAAGUCCCAGACAGCGGGAGGCCGAGCCCUCCCCUCCUCCAACAAUACCAUGUCAUUAUUCUAAGUGGCAGCUUCCUCCUUGGAGUAGGAAAAGAAGGAACAAACACCCCAAA